GUGUGUAUAAUUUGGAUACGUAUACUCGAGGGUUGUUUGAUUUGUAUGCUCCGAAAAAAAAAAUUGGCGGAAAAGGAUUUAUAACUCCACUUCGUCUGUAUCGAAACUACGACAGCGAUAACACUAGCUACGAAAGCAAGAAUAAACGGCAGCAAUAUCAGCCAAAAUGCAAUUAUUAACCAUAAUGACAACUGCAGCAACGAAACCCUAAUGAGCAACAGUUUGAAAACUUGUAUGACAACAACAACAAAAAUAAUAAUCAUAAUAAAUAAUAAUAAUAAUAAUAAAAAGAACUUGACUGAAACAACGAAAAGUACAAAAGAUUAACAACAGACUGUAAACAAUCUUACGGAUCUCGGAUUAUAUUUAACUAAGGGAGCUAAAAGUAGGGAGAAGAGAGAAACUAAGGUGGGGAGCAAAAAGUGAGUUUUGAGUCUUCCAUAUUGUCUGUCAUCUCUUUCUUUUUUUCUUUCGUUCAGUCUCUCUUGCCUUAAUACCUUCUCUCUUUCCUUCUCACAUGAGGAGCUGAGAAUGAUCUGCAAAACAAAAAGAUAAGCCCUUUCAUUUCGGAGCUUAACUAAUUGAUUGCAAAUCUAUUUUUUGUUUAUAGUGUUGGUGAUCGCUCGUUUUCAUUCACAUUGUAAAUAACCUUCGAAAAAAAGAAAAAGCAACCCAAAUACAUGGGCGUCGUAACAUUCCGUUUCUCUUCCGCCAAACGUUGACACCUGGUGCUUGCCUCGUUAAUAUUAAUACAAAAAAUGUAACUUUAUUUAUAAAUAUAUAAUUUAAAUAAGAAAAGGAAGAGCUAUUUCAAUACCUAACGAUAGCGAAUGAGAGACCUGCUGUUGAACUUAACGCUCUCACUUCCACCCGUAUUCUCACACCUCUCCUCAUGCUCACCUUCAGCCUCUCACUUCUACUCAUCAUCUCUUUCGCUCCUCUUACUUCCUCUUAUGCUCUCCUUUACCCUCUUACUCACACUCCCCCUCAAAUCAGCUGAGUUCGUAACACUCGAUACUAGUUAUUUUGAUUCUUGUUUAAUAGACCACUUAAAACUUCUUCACUUCCACAGUGUUGGUCUUCUCGGGAGUGGCAUGAACAUUACGAAAUCCUAUUUUUCUUAUUCUACCUUUUUCUUCCUCCCCACCAUUCAUUUCUUGUAACGUCUAAAUGUUCUAAAAACAGAGGAAAACAAACCCAUUUAAGAAGGAUUAAAUUGUAAACACCUAGAAAAUAUUUCAAGUUUUUUUCUGGUUUAUUUGGUUUUUUUUUUUUUGCUAUUUAGCGAGAAUUUUUUCAUUUAUUUAUCAACCAUAUUGUUGUGAAGUUUACUUUUUUUUAAUUCUUCCGGAGAAAAGAAAAUAAUUUCAAACAAGUCCUCAAACGCGACAGCUCCCUUUUCCUGUGUCUAUGUAGAAAAUUAUUAAUAUUAUUAUUAUUUGUAUAAAAGAAGAAAAAAACACAACAGCAGCAAAAUGGCCAAUUCCAGCAUUGGUCAAAAUGUGCGGACAUUGGAAGGCCAUGCGGCUAUGUCUAUGAAACGUACUGGACCAGACGACUUCCGAUGGAUCGAAAUACAAACUACAACGUUCAGAAACUGGGUGAAUGAACAGUUGCCGGAUGAAAGUGAAAUCUCUGAUUUAGAAACGGAAUUUGCUGAUGGAAUCAAACUUAUUGCUCUUGUGGAAGCCUUACAAUCGAAACCUAUUGGUCGAAAAAUCUGUAAGAAACCUCUUAACCAACAUCAGUACCUGGAAAACUUAUCUAUAGCAUUGGAUGCCAUUCUGAAAGACAAAGUUAAACUUGUUAACAUCGGAAGUGAAGACAUAGUAGAAGGAAACCUCAAGUUGAUCCUGGGUUUAAUAUGGCAUUUAAUUCUUCGUUACCAAAUCGGAAAAACAAAAUUCCCACCAAAGAAAAUGAUGUUGAUUUGGUUACAAUAUGCUCUUCCAAAAUGUUCUAUCAAGAAUUUCAGCAGCAGCUGGAAUGAUGGAGUGGCUUUGCAUGCCUUAAUAGAAUUUUGUCGCCCUGGUACUUGCCCAAACUGGGAAAAACUUGAUCCCAAUAAAAAGUUGGAGAAUUGUACAAAUGCCAUGAAUAUUGCAAAAGACAAAUUUGAUAUCCCACUUGUUGUCAGACCAGAAGAUUUGGCCAGUCCUCACCUGGACGAACUCUCAGGAAUGACAUACCUUUCUUACUACAUGAAGCAGGAUUCACCUGGAUACUAUGCAACACUGGACAGAGUCAAAAAAUUGCUACACAGGAACGAUAUUAAUAAUUUCACGACUGACUGGAAUGAUGGUCAGCUGAUCUGUGAAAUGGUCAAUACAACAGGAGGGAAUAUCACCAACACAAAUGGAACGUAUGAAGAAGUCCUUACCAAAGGUCUGAAUGCUGGGAAGCUGAUGAGUAUCCAGCCUACCAUAUCUGCAAAGGAAAUAGCACAAGAAAAAGAAGAACAUCUUGGGAUUAUGGCUUAUGCUGUCAAAUACAUAGACAAAGUUCCAACAGUUCCAGAAUCUGAGAAAGUGACAUUGACUGCCCAACUGGACAAGGUCCAUGUAGGAAAUGAGACAAAAUGCAAGUUAGCCAUCCUGGAUCAAAGCGUCAAUUUGAAUGAUGUCAAGGUUGAAGUUAAUGGUCCUAAUUCUCAGUUACCUGUACAAAUGGACUGGUCAGGACAAACAGCAGAAGUGAAAUUCACCCCAGAAGAAAUUGGGAAACACAAGCUUAUUGCCUACAAUAGUGGCAAUGUCAUCAAUGGAUGUCCCAAGGUUUUCAAUGUCAUCUCAGACAGAUCAAAAGUCAGUUAUCAUCAAAUCGAGAACUGUUGUACUGGAAUAGUGACUGAAAUCAAGGUCAAUGCCGUGUCUGCUGGUCAGGGUAACCUGAAGGUUAUAGCCAAAUCUCCCACUAACCAACUGAGUUAUCCAAGCAUCACGUCAAAUAAAGGAAUGCACACUGCCAACUUUAUACCAACGGAAGUCGGUGACUGGAAGAUUUCUGUCCUGUACGAUGAAGACCAUAUCAGUGGCAGCCCUUUCAACGUCAAUGUCUUUGACCCUUCUCAAGUGGAGAUAUAUGGCCUGGAAGGUGGCGCUGUUGGAAAAGAAUUUAGUUUUAAAGCUGAUUACUCUCGUGCUGGCAAAGGGGAUUUUGAUUGUUCCAUAACUCAUGACGAUCACCAGGUCCCUAUUCAUUCAGCUUCAAUUGGAAAUGCUAAACAGGAAGUAAAAUUUGUCCCCCAGGGGGCAGGACUAUACAAAAUACGAGGCACAUUCAGCAAUGUCGAAAUAAAAGGUUCUCCGUAUACUUUGGAAAUAGUUGAUACCGACAUGGUCAGCGUAAGUGGUGCUGGUCUGGAACUCGUUCCCAUCAACAAGACAGCCUCCUUCAACAUUCUGACUAAAGGGGCAGGAGGUGGGGAGGUAAAAGUAAACAUUAGUUCUCCAUCAAAAUUAAAGGUACCUCUAACUUUGCAGCAACCAGAAAGUGGCCGCCAUAUUGUUAAGUUUAUUCCCAAACAAACAGGUGACUAUAUCAUAAAUGUGACCAACCAGGUUGGCCAUGUAAAAGGUAGCCCAUUUAUAAGUAAAGCUUAUGAUGCCAGCAAGGUUAAAGUUAGAAACAUGCCACCAUUUUGUAAACCAGACAAGUUAGUCGAAUUCAAAAUUGAUGCUUCCGACGCUGGUCAAGGAAAUCUAGAGAUUGAACUCAAUGGCAAACGUGAUGAUUGUAAUAUACAAAAUCUUGGCAAUCAGAAUUUUGCAGCUUCUUUCAAACCAGCGAAUCAGCCAGUUCAAACAGUCAAGAUGUUCUUCAAUAAGGAACAUGUUGAAGGAAGUCCUUGGAAAAUUGAGACAAUAAAAUCUGACAGCUUUACUGUCCAAGAAGCAAGCAAUAAGUUAAUUCAUGUAAAUGAACCAGCAACAUGUACCGUUCUGGGACCCAAAUCACAUCUCCCUGAUGUAGAUAUUAAAGUUCAUGAUUCAAAAAUGUCUCCAGUACCAUACAAAAUAACGAGUAAAACAGAUAAAAGCCAAACAAUUAAGUUCACUCCGGUUACUGCUGGUACAUAUAAAGCUAAUUUCAAUUUCCAAGGAAUAAAACUAAAAAAUUCCCCACAGACUUUCAAAGUGUACAAUCCAUCAGCCAUCGUACUAUCAGAUAUACCAAAAUAUUCUACAGUGGGCAACAAAGAGGAAUUUACAAUUGAUGUUUCCAAAAGUGGAGAUGGCAAGCUAAAAAUAAAGCUCAACAAGGGAGAACUCCAGAACAAAGUUACCCCCAUUUCUAACAAUUUGUAUGGUGUCAGCUUUGUACCACAAAGACCAGGAUCAGUGGAAAUUGACCUCACCUUCAAUGAUAGACCAAUUAAAGACUCGCCCUACUUCUGCAAUGUUAUGGAUGCCAAGGGGAUCGAAGUACAUGAUCUAGGUCAUGUUGUGAAGUGUGACACACUAUCAACAUUCAAACUGCAAACCACAAAUAAUGUUAACAUCGACAAAGAUAUUGAGGUUACAGUCACUUCACCAUCUGGUAGAAAAAUACCAUCCCAAUUAACAGGAUCACCUGAACUUGGAUUCCAAGUUGAGUAUACUCCAACAGAAGUUGGAGUACAUGAAAUCAGUGUCACAUUCGGUGGCAACCCUAUCAAAAACAGUCCAUUCCAAGUGAAGUGCUAUGAUGCAAGUCUUGUAAAAGUCUCUGAAAUUCCUCAAGGAAUUGUUGGUGUGCCCUGUAAAUUCACAGUGGACACUACGUCUGCUGGGGAGGGUAAUUUACAGGCGGAUGUAUUUGCCGGAGGGAAACCAGUCCCUUACCACAUGAACUAUUUGACUCCAAAUCGAUAUGAAGUGACCAUCCUUGCACAGCAGGCUACAAGGCAUCAAGUACAUCUCAAGUUCAAUUCUGAUCGCAUUCCUGGUAGCCCUUAUAUCAUUGAUUACUUGGACACAGCUGAUAUUUCAGCCAGCGGAGAAGGACUAGGCAUGGUCUGCUGUCAACAGUCUGCUGUCUUCACUGUCGAUGCCAAAGGGGCUUCUUUAUCUGACCUUACCAUUGAGAUAACAGCUCCUGAUGGGAAAGAACUUCCAGUGAAACUGAAGAACAAGGGUGAUCACAUUUAUCAAGCGGAAUGGACUCCCGUAGUUGUUGGGGACCACAAAAUACAAGUUGCUUAUGCAAGUAGCCCAAUAAAAAACAGUCCUUUCACUGCCAAAGCGUAUGAUGCUGGUAGGGUUACAGUGAAUCCUGCAACAAAAGGAAAUCUUGGCAAACCAGUAGAAUUUAUGCUGGAUACCAGUAAAGCAGGAAUUGGUAAUAUUGAAAUUCUUGUGUCAGUAAAUGGAGAAACUGUACCAAACUAUUUUAAGCAAGAAACAAAAGAUUCUUGCUUCAGAAUAUCCUUUACACCACAAGAACCGUCCAAACAUAUGGUACAUGUCAAAUUCAAUGGAGAGCCAGUUCCAGGAAGUCCUUUCCCAGUCAGGAUCCUAAACAGUGAGCGUAUCCAUGUUUCUGGACAAGCCCUCCAGUUGGCAUCAGCCAAUACCCUUUCCAGUUUUAAGAUCGAUCCUAAAGGUGCAGGGGAAGGAGAUGUUACUGUCAACAUUACAGGACCAAGUGGUAGACAAGUCCCAGCCAGAGUAUCUGGUAGCCCCACUUCAGUUUACAGAGUGGAUUUUACCCCAACAGAAAUAGGUAAACACACAAUCAAAGUAUGCUACGAUGAUGUUGAGAUAAAAGGUAGCCCUUUCUAUUGCAAUGUCUUUGAUGCCAACUUAUCAAUUGUGAAAGGAUCUUCCAGAGCCUAUUUGAACAGAAGCAUAACCAUUCUUGUUGAUACAUCUCCUUCGGGUGAAGGUCACUUAGAAGCUGAGGUCAAAUGCAAAGGGACUUUGGUACGCAGCAAUGUCCAAGAUUUAGGGGCAGGCAAACAUGAGGUAACCUUCACCCCCCGUGAAGCAUCUACCCACAUGGUCACACUGUUGUUUAAUGGGUACCCUUUACCAGGUUCUCCUCUUCAUACUGAUGUCUUGGAUUCCAGCAGUGUAUCUGCAAGUGGUGAUGGUUUGAAAACAGCUCAAGUGUUUCGAUCAACAGGCUUUGACGUUAACACCAAUGGUGGACAAGAAGACCUUGAUGUUACAAUUACAAGCCCAACAAGAACACAAUUGCCAUUCAGCAAGGUACAAAGAGGCAGUGUCUGUCAUAUUGACUUUACCCCUCGAGAAGUUGGUACCUAUACAAUCGAAGCAUUGAUUGCAGGAACCCCCAUUUCAGGAAGUCCUUUUUAUUGCCAUGUGUUUGAUCCUAACCUUGUACGCAUCACUGAUGUUGACCGGAACGGCAAGGUCCAGAGAGAGAUUUACUACACAGUGGAUGCUUCAGGAGCUGGUGAUGGAGACCUAGAAACAGCUGUCACUCAUUAUGGACGAACACUUCUCACUAAAAGAGAAAAUCUUGCAAACAAUAAUUACCGUUUCUCGUUUGUGCCAGAAGACUCAGGCCAAUAUGAAGUUGAUGUUCAAUUCAAUAAUGAACAAAUCCCAGGUUGUCCAGUCAUUGUAAUGGUUGAAGACGAAAUGCCAACCUUCAUCACCAUAAAUUUCCGUGGAAUUCGGAUGAUAAACGCCAUGGACCUCAACUGGUUCCUUAUAGAACUGAAUGGAGAGAAAAUUGACAUGAGCCUUUUACAGAUAUUAAUUCGAGCUCCCAAUGGUGAAUCAAUACCAGCAAAGCUAAUUCCACAACAUGAUGGAGACUAUAAGGUGGAAUGGACACCAACUGUUGCAGGUCGUUAUGGUAUUGACAUCUUGUACAGCAGUAAGCAAAUUGACGGCAGUCCAUUCUCAGUGGAUGUCUUUGAUAUUAAUAAAAUACGUGUCGAAGACUUAUAUUCAACUGCAGUUGAUGAACCAGCAGGAUUCACUGUGGACUUUUCUGAAGCAGGAAGAGCUGAACAUUCUAUCACAAUAGUUAACCCAGCAGGAAAGACAAUUCCUUUUGAAUUAAAAGAGAACAAUGCUAAGAAUGAAAUCUCUUAUAUUCCAACCACUCCUGGAGGUCACAACAUCUUCAUAAACUAUGGUGGAAUUGAAGUACCCGGAACACCGAUUAUACAAGAAGUAGGAGAGGAUGUCGUGGUAACAGCUAGAGGUGAAGGACUUCGUAAAGGAGUAUCAGGGAAAGAAGCCAUUUUCUAUAUUGAUUCUUCAGGCAAACAAGGAGAUAUAUUUGUAGAAGUUGAUGGACCAAAUUCUGUUGCCAAAUGCAAAGUUACACCUCAAUCUGAUGGUACCCACAAAGUAACUUAUAUUCCAGUCGAAACUGGAUCUUAUUGUGUCACUGUCAGGUGGAACGGUAAAGAUAUAAAAGGAAGUCCCUUCCGCCCGUAUAUUGUUGAUCCUAGUAAAGUCUAUGUAACUGGAGGUUGGCAGCAUUUCAUGGAUCCCAAUGACCGUAUCCGUCUCGUUGUUAAUGAGGAAAAGAGAAUUCCUUUUGAUGUUUCUGAAGCAGGGCCAGGUAACCUGACGGCAGAGGUAAGGGACCCACGCAACACUAAGCUGCCUGUUCAAAUAGACACAAGCGGUGACGGUAUAAACACCCUGGUCUUUACCCCAAAGGUUGAAGGUGAUCAUAAUAUCAACAUUUAUUGGUCUGACCUUCCAUUGGUUGGUUCACCAUUCCUUGGUUAUGCUGUACCGAAACAGGUUACCCAAGUACCUGAUGCAUCGAAGAUUGUGCUUGCUGGUAAAGGCCUCAAAGAAGCAGUAGUCCGGGAAGAAGCAGAAUUUCGUAUUGAUGGCUCAAAAGCAGGCCCAGGUAAACCCGUGGUUAACCUUACAGGAGUACGCACAGACAUUGAUGUUGACGUUAUACCUCAGGGAAACAAUUGCUACCGUUGCAAAUACAUGCCCAUAAUUCCUGGUGCUUACCUUUUGAAUAUCACUUGGAAUGACAGGCAGCUGAAGGGUUCUCCCUAUAAGAUCACUAUCAUAGCAGCACCACAACCUCAGAAAGUAAUGAUCACAGGAGAAGGUCUUAAAGGAGGAAUGAUGGGUAAAGACCUACAGAUGAACAUCGACACACGGAAAGCUGGACUGGGCGAACUGACAGCACACUGCGUUGGGCCAAACGUCGUAGCAUAUUGUGAGCUUGCUGACAACCAUGAUGGAAUCUACAAGCUAACAGUACGACCACAGGAAGCAGGUAGACAUGUUUUACAGAUCAAGUAUGGAGGUGAUCAUAUAUUAGGAAGUCCAUAUGUUUUGAAAAUUGGCUCUCUUCCUGAUGCCAGCAAAGUUCGUGUCAGUGGGCCUGGUGUUGAACAUGGUAUCUUAGCAACAUAUCAAAGCAAGUUCUUGGUGGAGACACGUGGAGCCGGAGCUGGACAGUUAAGUGUCCGCAUCAAAGGACCAAAAGGUGCUUUCCAAGUAGAGAUGUAUCGAGACAACCAGAAAGACCGCAAUAUCAUAUGCUGUUACAACCCUUAUGAGACAGGUCUUUAUAUUAUCCAAAUUAAAUGGUCAGGAGUAGAUGUACCAGGCAGUCCCUUCCAAGUUCAUAUUGUAGACACCCAACAGGAAUAUGAGACAAUCAUGCAAAAUACAGCAGCCUACCAACAGAAUGGUUACGGAUUCCCAGAGUCACCUUCAAUGAGACAUUAAAAUUUAACAACUUUCAACUAUAUUAUGUAUAUAUUAUGUGAUAUAUAUUUAUCACAUAAGAAUAUCAAUACUCAAUACUAAUACAAUUUAUAAAUAGUAAAAAAAUUUAAUAAUUCCCCGCUCUCUCCUGUAUUUUAUCUAUGAAACUAAUUAUUAUUUCGGCAUAAAACCAGUAGUUCUAGGGAUAAGGGUGUCAGUUAAUUACAUUAACCCCCCAGUACGUGACAGGUAUUUAUUUUAUUGACCCUGAAAGAAUGGAAGGCAAAGUUCAAAUUUCUGGAAUGAGCCAGAACAAACAGUACAAAGCUUUUUUUUUUUAUUAUUUUUACUCUGUGCUGCACUACUUCUUGCAGCUGAUGCUCUGAGUUCAAAUUCCAACAAAGUCAACUUCAUUUGUCAUCCUUUCAGGGUCAAUAAAAUAUAUAUCAAGUAGUAUGGUGAUGUAAUCAACUGGCCCUCCACCCACCGUCUCCUCAAAAUUGCAGGCCUUGUGCCAAAAUAUAAUAAUUUUCAUUAUAAAUAAAAGAAAUCAUUAUCGUUAGGCCCAAAGAGGGUAGAAUGAGUAUAAGACUGAAGUUAGGUUUAUAGCAGUCAAAAUCAGGAGUUCCCAACCUUUUCACUACCAAGGACUCCUUUCACUGAAAUGAGUUUUCCCACGGGCCCCAGGAUAUUGAAAGGUCUAUCAGCUUAACGUGUUCACGCAACAUCAGCACUACUUUUGCAGACCACCAGGAGUCCACAGACCACAGGUUGGGAACCACUGGUCUAGAUAAUUCAAUGAUUUGCUGAAAUUCAUUUGUCUGAGGGAGAAGCAGGGGUGUUCAAUAAUAAUAACUAACAAAUGUGUACUGGGGUUUUAUACUUCAGUUUGGUUAUAUAAACCUAAACCCAGAAAAUAUGUAGCCAGGUACCUAUGCAAGAAAUUAUUAUUAGGCAACAAGCAUACCAUGCAAAAUCAUUAGCACACCAGGCAAAAUGCUUAGUGGUAUUUCAUCUGUCGCUACAUUCCGAGUUCAAAUUCCACCGAGGUCAACUUUGCCUUUUAUCCUUUCGCAGUCAAAUUAAGUAGCAGUGAAGUACUGGAGACCGAUGUGAUCGAUUGUCCCCCUCCAAAAAAUCCAGGCCUUGUGCCUAUAUUAGAAAGGAUUAAUUACCAACAAUGUUAUUUGUUAAUGAAGUAAGUUGGGGCAACAGAGUGCCAAACUUGUUGAAUGCAGCGCAGUACUUAGCUCAUUUGUUGUUGUUUUUUGUGAGCACCUCAACUGCCAUGUUCAAAUUCCUGCUGGGUUCAAACAUUAACUUUUCAUUCUACAAGGGUCAAUAAAACAAAGAAAACUCAAUGAUCUAUUGAUUCAAUGCAAUCAAAAUCACUCCCUCUCCCCACCACUGUCCUACUGUCCACUUUUAAAUUCUCCAUGGACUUAUAUAAUUUACAUCCCAUGUUCAAAUCCCACUGAUGUUAUCUUUUAGCUUUCACGAGGUCAAGGUCGAUAAAAACCAAUUACCAGUCAAGUACUGUGGGGGAUAGGGUCAACUUAACCCUACCUCUUCUUCAGUAAUCUGACCUUAUAAUCAUUCCAUUUACGAAAGUACAUGAUCUGUAUAUUUUACCUUUUUUUGCUAAUACAUUUGAAUAUAAGACUGCUCCCCUCCACAACUUCACAGAAAUGUGGCAUGGAGAGAAAUCUCCAUCAUUACAAAAGCCAAUAGACAACAAAUUAUAAGAGUGCCAGACUAAAAACUUACAUAGAAUUUAGUUCAACAUUCCAUGUUCAAAUCCCUUUGGAGUGGGAUGUUGGCUCACCAAAUGACCAGGGUUUUUUCUUAAUGCAGGCAUUUUCUUUUUACUCAGCUAUAAUUCUAUAUCCCUACAAAUUUAUGAUCAUUUCAGAAAUCAUUCUCACUGUAUUUUCCAACAAACAAGUUGAAUUUUUCAAACCAAGAUUUACAGCAAAAAAAAAAAAAAAAAAAAAAAAUGGGGUUGGGGUAAGCUGACUUUGGGGGACCAAAAAUUCAAUGGGAAAUGCAGCAGAAUUUGGAAAGAUGGUGACAAUGUUUAAAUGUUUACACUAUAUAUAUAUAUAUAAAUAAUGUCAACUUGUAUGCUGGAAAAUACAGUGUGUAUAUAUACACAUUACCUCCGAGUCUGCCCUGGUCAAACAAACCUAUAAGUAUGGUUAAACAGAUUCCACCCAUGGCCAUCUCAUCUUUUGUUUGUUUGUUUUUUGUUUAUAGUAAGGUGUAAUAUGAGAAAGAUUGAGCUGCUAUUUCUAGAAAACAGAGGCUCCCUCACUGGGUUGGCUCAUCAUUAUUGAGGGAAUCUUUCACAGCAAGGUGCAAUACGAGGGAGAUUUGGCUGCAACUUCUAGAACAUGCAAGCUCUCUCAUUGGGUUGACACAUCAUUAUUGGGGAGGGAGAGUAUUAUAAAAGCUACAAAUCAUUUUGGCUAAAUCACUGCAUUCCAUUAGGUUUUGGCUCUCUAAUCUCACUAAUAAUAAUAAUAAUAAUCAACUAAACAUACCCUUCCACAAUUGGAAAUCAUUAAUUCUCCUUUAACAACAAUAAUUAUAAUUUUGAUAAAUUUAUAAAUUAAAACUUAUGAUGUAUUUUAUAUGAAAUACAUAUUGUUGAAAUAAAAACAAAA